CAAGUUUUCAAGUGUCCGUUAAAGACGUAUGUGCAUACAUAUGUAUGCAUUCAUGUGUGCGUGCCGCUCGUGCAACAAGGCUUGAAGUGUUUGUUCGUGCAAUAUUGGCUAAGUGUGGAAAGCGAUGAAAUAAUAAAAACGGAGUAAAUGAAAAUGCGUGCUGGCCAAAUAAAUGGCACGAAAAUGGUUCAUAAAACGUUCCAAAAGUGUAAUGGAAUAAUAAAAAUUUUGUUGACAAAAAACAUUGCGGAAAUACAAAUAUUGUACGGAAAAUUCUUAUUUUUAAAUAAUCGCUAAAGAAAUGCAUGCAUGAAAAUUCCGUUAUUUUAGCUUAAAAAUGCGGUGAGACAAUGUAGCAGAAAUAAAAAAAAAACAACAAACAACACGAAAUAAAACGUAAGUUAUAAGCGUGGCUGCACUGCAUGCAAUGCGCCAUUUAAAGUAAGCAAAAAGCAAAAAAAAACAGCGCCUAAAAAUAUGCAAAGCAAACAAAUAUAAACACAUGCAUACAGUAUAAGCAGCAAAAAUUCAACUAAAGGCAAACGACGAACAAAUAUCAAAAACUAAAAAAGUAAACGAACACCAACUAUUGCUGCCAUUUAAUGACAAACAACAACUGCAUUCAACAUACAUACAUAGGCGUACAUUUUACAUUCGUAUAGCAAGCAGCAGCAAAAAUUAAAGCACGCAAAUAAUGUCUAUGCAAUCAACUACAUAUAUAAGUAAAUUUGCAUGUAGUCAAAAAUUACGCCGCCAGCGUCAGCAACUAAAAAAAUAACGCAGCAGUGAGAGGGAAAAAAUUGCUAUAAAAAUAGCAGCUCGCACAACAGCAACAAGCAACAAAGUACUAGUGCCGUCAGUCACUUUGUCUACUGUCGCCAUAACCACAUAUACAUACAUACAUACAUAUCUACACACACACACACACACCAGCAUAAAUCGGCUACUGUUCGCUUGCGCACAAUUGAAGCUCGUCCAUUAAAGGGGAAAGCAGUUUUUAUGGCUUUCGCAUCCUGACACGUUUUGUGUGUGAGCCUAUACAAGAAUUUUAUCGGUAUAGUAUUUCCGUAAGUGGAACAAAAGCAGCUACAACACGCUCGUUACUACUUGCUGCAACGACUGCUGUAACAACAGCAGCAAGCACAACAACAACAAAAACAAACAUUAAGAAAAUGUCCAUAUCAAAAAAGUGCACAUAUCUCGCUUUUAUGUCACGGCCGCGCAGAACUCCAGACUGCGAAUGCACCAACAGCCCUAGCUGCAGCCACAGCCACAAACAGAACUGUAAAGGUAGUUACCACCCACCACAUCAGCGACACAACCAUCAUUACCAACCAAGAGCAUACAUUCCAUCCAGUUGCUGCACAACGACAACGACUCGUCUCGGCUUUGUUGCAAUCCUACUGAUGUCGUUGUUGCUGCUUAGCACCCAACUUCACUCCACAGAAGCCAAACCCAAGUCGCGUAAAAGUGCCAGCAGUCAUCACAAUAACGAUGAGAAAUCACCAUCGGAGGGUCAACGCUUUGCAAUGGAGCCGCAGGACCAAACCGCUGUUGUGGGCUCACGUGUUACGUUGCCCUGUCGCGUGAUGGGCAAGGUGGGUGCUCUGCAAUGGACCAAAGAUGAUUUUGGGCUGGGGCAGCAUCGUAAUUUGAGCGGCUUCGAGCGUUACUCGAUGGUGGGCAGUGAUGAGGAGGGCGACUUUUCGUUGGAUAUUUAUCCGGUGAUGCUAGACGAUGACGCCAAAUAUCAGUGCCAAGUGGGACCUGGGCCGGAGGGUGAGGCGGGCAUACGUUCACGUUUUGCCAAGUUGACGAUACUGGUGCCGCCGGAAGCGCCGAAAAUUACACAGGGUGAGGUGAUAUUUACAACGGAAGACCGCGAAAUAGAGCUGGAGUGCGUGUCGGCGGGAGGCAAGCCAGCGGCCGAGGUGAGUGGAAGACGCUUUUAUUAUUUUAAAAAGUUACACCCUAGGAAUAGUAUGGUCGAACAAUACUCGAAAUGUGGCUUAACAUUAGGAUGUUCAAAAAAAAAACGGCAAUGCCAGAAUUCGAAUGCGAUCACCCACUAG